AUGGCCCGUUCCAUCGUGCUGACCGCUGCGGUGUUCCUCUGCUCCGGUGCUCUCUUCAGCGCCUUCGUGCCAGCCGCUCGCCCGGUCGUGUCGGCGCCGCACGUCUCCGGAACGACGGCAGCAGUGACAACAGCCUUGAUCGCCCCACAGGCUGCCUUUGCCGAUGAGGGGGCGGUGUGGAUUCCGGCCCUUUCGGCCAUCGGGGCCGGCUUCGCAAUUGGCUUGGCCGCCAUCGGUUCGGGAGUGGGUCAGGGAAUCGCAUCCGGACGAUGCAUCGACGGCAUCUCCCGGCAGCCGGAGGUGGCCGAUGAUCUCCGAGGUGUGCUUCUGCUGUCCCUGGCCUUCAUGGAGUCUCUGACGAUCUACGGCUUGGUCAUCGCCCUGGUUUUGCUGUUCGCAAACCCGCUCAUCAAGUGA